AGUUCCAUAUCGGCUCUGAGCCACGGUUUACCAACCCAACCCUGCUUAUGUAGAUACCGAAGAUGUUCGUCGCAUGCAAUGCGGAGUAGCUCUGGUUAUAUUUGAGAUAUCUUCGCACAGCGACGGAACCCCGCUGGAAGCAGAAGUUGCUUAGAUGGUCUCAUUGCCUAUCUUCAGGAUUCUAUGAGCCGCGGAGGGAGCGCGGUGCUCGCUAGCGCAGCUAGCGAUUCCUGUGUUUCGAUGCGCGCGAUGUGCAGGCACGAUGACUCCAUGUGUCAAUCAUAGCGGUGGAAGCCGUGAGGUGCCGUCAUCGCAGUCGUCGCAAAUCGGAACCGCGUGUAACGCGACUGCAUCGGCGGAAGAUUUCGAGAUCAAUCGGACCACUGUGAGCGUUCGGUACAAUAGCGUUGAGGGCGUAGCUCGUUCAUUUCCGUAGCCCAAAUAUGAUUCUUGGUAGGGUCAGUACCCUGAAGAAAAGGCAAGUACGAGACAGUUCAGGCUUCGAAUGUUGUGUACCCAGGCGCCUGUAGUUCAGGUGAACUCCACCGCCCAUUCUACACGGGCGCGUUUCCUGACCACCUUGCUAUUCCAAUGACUGUUCAUCUGCAAUGGCUAUUAGAAGCAUUCAUCGGCGAGCGUGGGUCAGAAACCAGAUAUUUGCAUCACUGCCAGAUUCCGUCCCGUCCUUCGGACCCUCAAGGACUUCCUGCCAACGAUGUGGGAGGUCGGAAUCGUGGGCGAUAUAGUUAUGAAUGCAAGUCUGAGGUUCUCUGUUGACACUUGCGGUUAGUUCGAGUUAUUUGACUGCACAUUUGAUGAUUCCGCUGAAUGCCACAAAAAUCUCCACGACAAGAUCACGCUUCUGGAUGGCGACGAUGACUUGAUAAUUCUGGAACGUCGUGGUUUUGCUCCAAGGUACCCGCGGCAGGAACACGCGGCCCCGCUCACCAUCUGUGGCUGUGUCCACCCAUCGUACGCCCCAUCGCUGUCGUUUGAACCGACUGCACCACGCCCGCACACGAUCCACUUCCACCUUUCUCUCCUCUUCCUAUCCUCCAUAGCUUGGCAGGCAGGACCACAACCCCGCCCUCCUCCGCGAUCUUACGUUUCGGGCACCGCACGAGGACGACCACGAGCAGCACGGAAGUGAAUGCCCGGCAGCGGCUUUGCCUCCACUCUGCGUUCAUCCUCCCACCCUCGGCCCGAGAGAGAGAAUUGGCACUUCUGUUCAUUCGAGCCGAAGUUGCCCGUUUGACCGAACGUACGGGGACAGCGGCGCGUUUCAGCGGUUCGACUAGGCCCUUCAUAUCGGCGAUUCCGCUGGCUAUAAGAUACCGCCGACGACCUACUGUUGCACGAUCACGACCCGUACACGUCUGAGCACCUACUGCCUCACACAACAUGGCGGAAGCGUACCACGACCCGUCAUACUCCAAGGCUACUACUCCAGGCUCGGGACCCAGCACGAUAUCGCUCUCACCGACGCUCUACAUCCCCAUCGUCUCCCCACCCACCCCGGCACCAUCUCCCCGACCCAAGGUCUCCUCGCUCCCUCCACCCGCCUCCGCCUCUACGAAUGACACCGUCCCCGGCCCGACCCCCACUCUACCCGCAGACUCGCCCCUACACGCCGCCCUCUCAGCUUACCCGGCCCUCCCGCCCUCCGCCCGGCUCGCCUUCCUCACCGCCCUCCUCCAGCUCCUCGCCUCCUCUGAGCUGCUCCACCUCUCCGCCGCGCUCGCCCCGCGCCUCAAGCGCGACUUCCUGCGCGACCUCCCGCCGGAGCUCGCGCUGCACGUGCUGGGAUACGUCGACGACCACCGGACGCUCGCGCGCGCGGCGGGCGUGAGCAGGGCGUGGCGGGCGCUGGUCAAGGACGAGGGCGCGUGGAGGCGGAUGUGCGUCCGGUACGGGUUUCGAGCGGAGGGGGUGGGCGAGGAAGGCGAAUGGGAGGACGAAGAUGAAGAGCAUGGAUGGGACGGGGGACGGGUGCCCGAGCUCGGGGACGGCUUCUCGUUCAGGCGCUAUUUCCGGUCGGAGUAUACCGCGGUUAUGAACUGGCGCCGGGGGGGCCGCCUGCUCCGCGCGCACCGCGUCUCGGUCUCCGCGCCCGCCGCACCGGGAUCGACGUCGCCGAACGUGAACAUCGGCGCGGUGUCGAGCCCGGAUCAGGGCGUCGUCACCGCCGUCGCGCUCGACGGGCGCUGGGUCGUCGUCGGGCUCGCGAACGCGCGGGUGCACGUGUUCAGCGCGCGGACGGGUGUUCUGAGUCGGACGCUGGUGGGGCAUGCGAGCGGCGUGUGGGCGGUGUGGCUUGUGAGUCAGAGUGGGGGUAGGGACGAGGAGGAGGACGAGGAGGGAGAGGAGCGGGGCGGGUUGGGGCUGGAUUUGUAUCCGGGAGAGUUUGUGGAGGAGGGGAGGAGGGGAGGGGAGGGCGAGCGAGAAAGGGAGGAGAGGAGGGAUAGGAGGAAGAGACGGGUGCGAGAUAAGCCGUCUGAUCCGGGGCAGGCGAGCGAUGGGUGGGGACAGGGCGGCGCGCUGGUCGUCUCGGGCGGGUGCGAUAAGACGGUGAAGGUGUGGGACGUCCGGACCGGAUACUGCUUGCACACCCUCGCCGGCCAUACGUCCACGAUCCGGUGCAUCAAGGUCCUCCACGGCCGGCCCGUCGCGGUAUCGGGUUCGCGUGACUGCACGUUGCGCGUGUGGGACGUGGAUACGAGGAAGGGGAAGGGAGGUGGGAGGUUGUUGCGGACGCUGGAGGGGCAUCAGGGAAGUGUGAGGUGCUUGGACGUGUGCGGCGCAAGGGUCGUGAGCGGGAGUUACGACUGCACGGCGCGGAUAUGGGACGUGGACACGGGCGAGUGUCUGCACGUCCUCCGCGGGCAUUAUCACCAGAUAUAUGCGGUCGCGUUCGACGGCGUGCGCGUCGCGAGCGGUGGGCUGGACACGACCGUGCGCGUGUGGGACGCUGCGACCGGAGCGUGUUUGGCACUGCUGCAGGGCCACACGGCGCUCGUGUGCCAGCUUCAGCUGAGCCCGACGACGCUCGCCACGGGCGGCUCGGACGGGCGGGUGAUCACUUUCGCCAUCUGCUCCCCUCCUCCCGAUUCUCCUCCUCCUACAUCUCGAUCUCCCCACCCAUAUCGGCACCGUGAUGCUACAUCCUCCUCCUCCUCCUCCUCCUCCUCAACCCCGACUCCGACUCCGACGUUUACGGUCCAGCACAAGGUCGCGGCGCACGACUCGAGCGUGACCGCGCUCCAGUUCGACGACCGGUUUUUGGUGACGGCCGGGAACGAUGGGCGGGUGAGGUUGUUCGAGACCCGGACGGGGAAUUAUGUGAGGGAGCUGAGCGAGCCGUGCGAGAGCGUGUGGAAGGUUGCGUAUACGAGGGGCAGGGGAGGAAAGGGAGGAAAGGGAGGACAGGGAGGGGCGGGGGACGUGUUGGUGGUGACGUGCAAGAGGGCGGGGAAGACGGUGAUGGAGAUUUGGAGUUUUAAGGCGGGAGAGGAUGGGCGGUGACUUCGGAGGUGUUGGAUUUUGGAGGUGUGGACGUCGGCGUCUACCCGCUUGUGCUGUUCUACUGAUCAAGACCGACCUCUACUACAUUCCAAGUUCGACUGCGUGGUAUGAAGUAUGAUGCAGAAUAAGUAUU